AUGCUUUCUAUAAGCUCAGAAAUGGCACUUCCCCAACUCAUUCCUUCUUCACCUUCCUCUUCUUCUUUUACCCACUACAAACCCACCUUAAACCCCAAUGCUCUUCUUUCAUCUUCCUUAAACCCUAACUCCAUAUUCAAAUCCUCCCUCCUCCUCCGCCGCCGUCGGAAGUCCAACGGCCUCCGUUGCUCUUCCUCUUCAUACCCGGAGAGGAACUACACGAACUCACCAAAGUCGGACGAUGUGGUUGAGCUCCCACUCUUUCCUUUACCAUUGGUACUCUUUCCCGGGGCCAUUCUCCCUUUACAGAUCUUCGAGUUCCGUUACCGUAUGAUGAUGCACACACUGCUCCAGACCGACCUCCGAUUCGGCGUAAUUUAUUCCGACGCCGUAUCGGGAACAGCCGACGUUGGCUGUGUCGGCGAGGUCGUGAAGCACGAGCGACUCGUCGAUGACCGAUUCUUCUUAAUCUGUAAAGGCCAGGAGCGGUUCCGAAUCGGCAACAUCGUCCGUACGAAACCCUAUCUGGUGGCGGAGGUUACUUGGCUAGAGGACAGGCCAUCUCCAGACGGCGAGGAGGAUUUGGAUUCGCUGGCGAACGAAGUGGAGUCGUAUAUGAAGGACGUGAUUCGGUUGUCGAAUCGGCUAGGUGGGAAGCCAGAGAAGGAGGUUCAGGACCUGAGGAGGAACCUUUUUCCAACGCCGUUUUCGUUUUUCGUUGGGAGCACCUUCGAGGGCGCCCCGAGAGAGCAGCAAGCCUUGCUCGAAUUGGAGGACACGGCUACCAGACUCAAGCGGGAGAAAGAGACCUUGAGAAACACUCUCAAUUACCUAUCGGCAGCUUCGGCGGUUAAGGACGUCUUCCCCUCGACGUGAUUUCAACGGCGGAACACCACACCAAGCCACGUUUCAGGUUAGAUAUAGUAUACAUAAACGUCAAUGGAAGCAAAGAAGGGAAGCAGACUUAGUGGUGUUAUAAGUUGAGAGCUUUGCACUUGGGAGGGGAAGUUGUACAUUUUGAUGUGUAAUAUGAUUUGGCUUGGCUCUAUGACAACAUCUUUGUUUCUACCAUUUGAAUCUUUUUUUUUCUCAUAUAUACUCAAUGAACAGAGUUAACACAAUUGGAAAGACAAUUGGGAAUAUUACUUCUUGAUUAUUACAAAA